UCCAUGGGGUUUUCUAGGCAAGAAUACUGGGGUGAGUUGCCAUUUCCUUCUCUCGGAGAUCCUCCUGACCCAGGGAUCGAACCCACGUCUCCUGCAUCGGCAGGCGGGUCCCGUACCACUGAGCCACCAGGGAAGCCCAGGUAUCUUACAGGUGAACAAGGUGAUGUCCAUCUUGUUUUAUGUGAUGUUUCUCGCUUAUCUCCGUGGCGUCCAAGGGAACAGCAUGGAUCAAAGGAGUUUGCCGGAAGACUCACUCAAUUCCCUGAUUAUCAAGCUGAUCCAGGCAGAUAUUUUAAAAAACAAGCUCUCCAAGCAGAUGGUGGACGUUAAGGAGAACUUCCAGAGCACCCUGCCCAAAGCGGAGGCCCCGCCCCGAGAGCCCGCCAAGUCGGAAUUCCAGCCGGUGACGGCCAUGGGCCCCGAACUGCUGCGGCGCCAGAGACGCUACAGCUCGCCCCGGGUCCUGCUGAGUGACAGCACCCCCCUGGAGCCCCCUCCCCUGUACCUCAUGGAGGAUUACGUGGGCAGCCCCGUGGUGGCCAACAGAACGGCGCGGCGGAAGAGGUACGCGGAGCACAAGAGCCACCGCGGCGAGUACUCCGUGUGUGACAGCGAGAGCCUGUGGGUGACCGACAAGUCGUCGGCCAUUGACAUCCGGGGACACCAGGUCACGGUGCUGGGGGAGAUCAAGACCGGCAACUCCCCCGUCAAACAAUAUUUCUAUGAGACGAGAUGUAAGGAGGCCAGGCCUGUCAAGAACGGUUGCAGAGGAAUUGAUGAUAAACACUGGAACUCGCAGUGCAAAACCUCCCAGACCUAUGUCCGCGCGCUGACGUCAGAAAACAACAAACUGGUCGGCUGGCGGUGGAUACGGAUAGACACGUCCUGUGUGUGUGCCUUGUCGAGAAAGAUCGGCAGAACAUAACUUGGCAUCUCUCCCCAUAUAUAAAUUAUUACUUUAAAUUAUAUGAUAUGCAUGUAGCAUAUAAAUGUUUAUAUUGUUUUUAUAUAUUAUAAGUUGACCUUUAUUUAUUAAACUUCGGCAACCCUUACAGUAUAUAAGCUUUUUUCUCAAUAAAAUCCGUGUGCUUGGCCUCCCUCAGGCCUUCUCCCAUCUGUUAAACCUGAUUCUGUAACCCGGCUCCCAGGAGCUGCCCUGUAAAGUCUGUGUACACCACUAUUUUGCAUUCAGUAUUGUCAAAGGCCGUGGCUGUCGUUUUAGUAAACUUGUUGAAAUCG